AUGGGUCAAGAAUUUUUCUCCUUAAUUCAUCUUGAAAGAAAGAAACUCUUAUGCCUUAUUAUUGUCAUUACCUUUGCACUCAUUUUAGCGUUUCAAUAUUUUGAGCUUCCUUAUGGUACUAACAUUCUAGUACAACCCUCUAAAUUCUCAACUGAAAAAACAUCAACAUUAUCAAAUAGUACUAUAAUUCAUCAACCUGCCGAUUCGACUUCUGAAAUAUUUAACAAUGUUACCCUUUUGAAUCAAACAUAUUCAGAACAUGGUUUUGAGAAAGUUAAUGAAACUAGGUUGUAUGAGAAAAAUGACACUGUGUCAAGACCUGUUGUUAUAGGUGAGAAUUUGACAAGAGAUGUCAACAAUUCAUAUGCUAGUUUUCAUUCUCCUUCUCCUACUCCUGCGAGUGCGCCAACAUAUUUAACUCCUACUCCUGCAAUUGCGCCAACAAAUUUGACUCCUACUCCUGCAAGUCCUCCGACAAAAACGCUAUCUAAUGAUUCUGAAAUUGCUGACUCUAUGAAUGAUGAGAGGUUCAAGCCAUUACAGGAUGAUGUCAAUGAAAUUAGCAGCAACCAGUCUUCUAUAACCAUUUUGCCUAAGGAGAACAAAAAUUCUCCUGUAAAAGUUCCAGAGACGAUGUCGAUUUCAGAAAUGGACAAGUUAUUGCUUCAAAACUAUGCUUCGUUUCGAUCUAUGAGGCCGAGAUGGUCUUCAGCUGUUGAUCAAGAGCUACUACAAGCUAGAUUUGAGAUUGAAAAUGCACCUGUUGUAACUGAUCUUGGAAACCUGUAUGCUCCCCUUUUUCGCAAUGUUUCCAUGUUUAAGAGGAGCUAUGAAUUGAUGGAAAAGACUCUCAAAGUGUAUGUAUACAAAGAAGGGUCUAAGCCGAUAAUGCAUUCACCUUAUCUUUUGGGAAUUUAUGCUUCCGAGGGAUGGUUCAUGAGGCUGAUGGAAGUUAAUAAAGCAUUUGUUACUAAAGACGCGAAGAAGGCGCACCUGUUUUACCUACCUUUCAGUUCUCGAAUGCUCGAGGAAACAUUGUACGAUCAGAACUCACAUAGUCACAGGAAUUUAAUGCAGUAUCUGAAUAACUAUGUAGACAUGAUUGGUGGAAAGCAUCGGUUUUGGAACAGAACGGGAGGUGCCGAUCAUUUUCUUGUUGCUUGUCAUGAUUGGGCACCUUCAGAAACAAAGCAGCGGAUGGCGAAGUGCAUAAGAUCUCUAUGUAAUGCCGAUGUCAAAGAAGGUUUCAUGUUAGGAAAAGACGUGUCACUUCCCGAAACCUACGUCCGCAAUGCUCAGAAUCCGACUAGAGACCUCGGUGGAAAUCCGCUUUCAAGGAGAAACACUCUUGCCUUUUUCGCAGGCGGUAUGCACGGUUACGUGCGUCCGAUUCUUCUACAGCACUGGGAAAACAAAGAUCCUGAUAUGAAAAUCUUCGGUAUUGUAUUUGUCCAAAGGGAUACGAAGUUAACAGUCCAAGAGUUGUCGAGGCUAUAG